AUGAGAUGUAGCUUCAUUGGGUUGGGUCGAUAUAUGAAUAUCCUACAUGGUUCUUCUUCAGGGACAGCUAGGAGGAGCCGUCAAACUUGUUUUCCUCCUGGAUUAAACAGUCCUGCUAGGUCCGCUUCUCUUCCUCCUGGAGUGACCAAACCAGCUCUGUCUGCUUCUCAACAUCCACUUCCAAGCUUAGCUGCUGUGAUGGGUGAACCUGAGAGACGUAACAUGCCUCUUUCCAUCCACAAUGGGCCAAUGAAACUUUAUGACAGUAAACAUGUAUUAGGUCUAAGCAUAAUGGCUAUUGUUUGGGAUAGACGACUGUGUCCGGAAAGAUGUAGUGUCAACAUAUCAGUCAAACUGUUUACAUUGAAGUGGCAACCAAUGGCAAAGGGAGAGUUUCUGGGCUUGGUUCAAUUCCAGAUAUUGAUGAUGAACCAAGUGAGACUUCACCACUCUUUAUUUACUCAUGUGGCUGUUGAUGGACGCUUGACCACCGUGGAGGGUGUUGUAAGAGGUGCUGAUGAAGAUGAAUGGAGUGGAUCCUGUUACCUUUGA